CCAAGCCUCGGCUUGUUUUGGCAGACCCUUGUCGUCCGGUCUGCGCUGGCAUAGGUCCCGCCACGUUACGAGGGCCAGCCUCCCCCGGGGGCCAGACUGUAGCUGAACGGGCCAGUGUGCACACCGCCUGCAGAUUCUGCUGACAGAGCCCGUCCCACCAUGAGAUAAUGCCAUUCCACAGAGAUCCACACUAAAGCCCCUCUUUUCUGCCCCACAGGUAUAUAAAGAGGGGGCGGCUGCAGAGGAGAGGGCACGCACCACUUGGGACCCCUACUCUUCUCUACUACUAUUACUGCCUUUGUAUCUCUCCCACUGCAGCUCUUGUCCUCCCUCUCGCCUCUCUCUCUCUCUACUCCUAACGGAACACAGGCACUAGCCAGCCGAGCUAAAGCCGAGCAGCGAGAAAUUGCUUUAUUUUGUUUAGCCCGUUGAGCUAAAACCUAACCUACGCUACUAUGGAUAUUGCCAUCCAGCACCCCUGGUUCAGACGCGCCAUGGGCUCCAUGUAUCCUGCCCGUCUCUUUGAUCAGUUUUUUGGGGAGGGCAUGUUCGACUACGACCUGUUCCCCUACGCUGCCUCCACCAUCAGCCCCUACUACAGACAGUCGCUGUUCCGCAACUUCCUGGACUCCACCAACUCUGGCAUGUCUGAGGUAACAACUAACCUGUUCAACCUGACCGAUCACUGUGCUCAGCAUUGGAAGUGAAGCGUUCAGUCUGGUUUACCCAGGCUAACCUGCUCCAUCCUCUGGGGAAGAAUAGGAUCCACUAAAACCUAUUCAUUCACCAUCAUUCUGAAUCUGUAGUCACUUUAGUUUAGUUCAAACUACCCAAACGUAUAAUUUGCACUUUUUUGUUUUCUAUCUUUAUGGAUAAAAAGCAGAUUUGGUUGUCCGUGUUUGAUGUCAUAGAAUAGAAGAGCCUGCAUGUUGUCGUAGCUUACAGAGAGAGCUUGUGUGUCCUUGGAGGAAUCGAAGCCGGGUUAUUAGUGCCAUGAUGCAUUGGUGCAUUAGUUACAUCCUCUACAGUUUCAUUGGUUGAACAGUAUGCUGUUUUCCUAUAAAAAGAGGAAGCGCAAAAUGGACUGAGAUUGGACAGAUCUGACUCAUACUGUAAUUUGCCCUAAGGUGGUCUAUGUGUGCAGAUCUUUCACAGAGAAACUCAAUGUAUUUCAUCUAGGAGGCCUACACUGAAUUCAUUACUAAUACAGGGAGAUGCAACAGUUAUAGAGUAGAGAAAGCUGAGUGGGGGAGACAAGGAUAUGACCCUGGGGAAGUGGCUGUAGUAAAUCAGAGAGAAGCAGUAGCGCUAGCCAGAUCUGUUAUUGAAUGGCUAUGACAGCAGCAGCGCUAGCCAGAUCUGUUAUUGAAUGGCUACGACAGCAGCAGCGCUAGCCAGAUCUGUUAUUGAAUGGCUACGACAGCAGCAGCGCUAGCCAGAUCUGUUAUUGAAUGGCUACGACAGCAGCAGCGCUAGCCAGAUCUGUUAUUGAAUGGCUACGAAAGCAGCAGCGCUAGCCAGAUCUGUUAUUGAAUGGCUACGACAGCAGCAGCGCUAGCCAGAUCUGUUAUUGAAUAGCUAUGACAGCAGUAGCGCUAGCCAGAUCUGUUAUUGAAUGGCUACGACAGCAGUAGCGCUAGCCAGAUCUGUUAUUGAAUAGCUAUGACAGCAGUAGCGCUAGCCAGAUCUGUUAUUGAAUGGCUAUGACAGCAGCAGCGCUAGCCAGAUCUGUUAUUGAAUGGCUAUGACAGCAGUAGCGCUAGCCAGAUCUGUUAUUGAAUGGCUACGACAGCAGUAGCGCUAGCCAGAUCUGUUAUUGAAUAGCUAUGACAGCAGUAGCGCUAGCCAGAUCUGUUGUUGAAUGGCUACGACAGCAGUAGGGCUAGCCAGAUCUGUUAUUGAAUGGCUACGACAGCAGUAGCGCUAGACAGAUCUGUUCUUGAAUGGCUACGACAGCAGUAGCGCUAGCCAGAUCUGUUAUUGAAUGGCUACGACAGCAGUAGCGCUAGCCAGAUCUGUUAUUGAAUGGCUAUGACAGCAGUAGCGCUAGCCAGAUCUGUUAUUGAAUAGCUAUGACAGCAGUAGCGCUAGCCAGAUCUGUUGUUGAAUGGCUACGACAGCAGUAGGGCUAGCCAGAUCUGUUAUUGAAUGGCUACGACAGCAGUAGCGCUAGACAGAUCUGUUCUUGAAUGGCUACGACAGCAGUAGCGCUAGCCAGAUCUGUUAUUGAAUGGCUACGACAGCAGUAGCGCUAGCCAGAUCUGUUAUUGAAUGGCUAUGACAGCAGUAGCGCUAGCCAGAUCUGUUCUUGAAUGGCUACGACAGCAGCAGCGCUAGCCAGAUCUGUUAUUGAAUGGCUACGACAUCCUGCAAUCCUAUACAGCUGUAGUAUCUGUUGCUGAUUCUCAUAAGAGAGCACAGAGAACAAAGAGGUCAAACAUCCCUACUAAUGGAGCUUUAACCAACUAAACAAAGUGCAUUUUGCGGUUUGCAAGAUUAUUGCAAGUGUGCUGAAAAUGUAUUGAAAUCAUCUUGUUCACGUUGCCACAUGAGCGGCAAAUGGAAGGCACUAAUCUUGUGUGAUUCUCAGCAGGGAAGAGCUCAGAGACUGGUGCAGUGUUGUCUAUCUAGUCGAAAUCAGGCCAAUCAGAGUCAUGCUCCCUCCAGCCCAUCAUAUACUGGCUUAUUCCAUUACUAGCUUAAACUGCAUUUCAACUUGGGUGCCAGGAUAGCAGAAUUUCGAUGUCCAAACAACAUAUACUGUUUUGGUGACUAGUGACACACAUUUUGUUUUGCAGCAUCUAUACACAAACUUUAGAAAUGGAUCAUCUUCUUCAUAUCUCUCUGAGGUAUGACUCGAUGACAACAUAUAGAAUUGAAUUGAAAGGAUAUUGAAAAAAAAAUACAUUUCAGAAGAUGAGCAUCACUGUGGUUACCAGGUUUCCGCCACCUGCUACCCCUGACCUCUAACCUUCAACCCCCCUCCCUCUAUCUCUCCAGGUGAGGUCCGACAGGGACAAGUUCUCGGUCUUCAUGGAUGUGAAGCACUUCUCUCCUGAUGAACUCAACGUGAAGGUGACUGAUGACUAUGUGGAGAUCCAGGGCAAGCAUGGAGAGAGACAGGUGAGGCCUCCCACCAUCGGUGUCCCCUGGUUGGAUGGGUUAAGAUUCCAUCCCCAUCCAAGCACCACACACCCUAAUCUCUCUGGACAGACAAGCCGAGCUAGCUCAAAACUUUUACUAUGACUUGUGGUAGUACACCCAAUCCUGAGUUCAAACACAAUCCCUCUACUAUGGCUUGGCACACCAAAGCCAGGUUUCUCUCAUGUGCACAUAUAUAUCAGUGAAGGCUGCUGACGGGAGGACGGCUCAUAAUAAUGGCUGGAACAGAGCGAAUGGAAUGGCAUCAAACACCUGGAAACCAUGUGUUUGAUGUAUUUGAUACCAUUCCACUAAUUCCGCUCCAGUCAUUACCACGAGCCCAUCCUCCCAAAUUAAGGUGCCACCAACCUCCUGUGACAUAUAUACAUAGUGUGAGUGUCUGUCACAUAGAAACGACCUGUGGCAGUAGUUGAAGCAACAGGCGCACCAGAUACUGUCAUCACUGUGCUUUCCAGGUCAGUGCAUUGAUCCUUAGGCAGGUUGCUCAUUCCAACUAACUAAACACAGCCACAACAACAACCACUAGCUUUAACCAGCCAAGUCCUCAAAGAGAUGCUAAUAAGAUGUGUUAUUAGAGUCAACAGUUUGAGUCAGAGGAGAAUUUCUCAACCUAAAUAGCUAAUUGAUUCAAAGAAUGUGUGUGCGUGUGUUUGUGUGUUGUGCACUCGUGUGUAAGUGAGUAUAUGUGUGUGUGUGUGUCGAUGUGCACACACAACAACAGCCUUGCUUUGUUUACUCUGUGAAUUGGUCGGCUUACGCGCAUUGCCCUUCAUACAAAUUCAAUUCAACCCUUUUCAAGACCCAUGUUCAGCCAGGAUAAAGUCAAACAACCAAGCAAUUACGUGUCCUCAGACGAAACCAUACACACUGACACACUUUGCUAGGAAAAACAUCUCCAAUGAUAGGGAUUCCUACAUAAACAAUGGGACACACUGCUUGGGAUCAAUUAAUUUCCUUGGCCACACGGUGACACAGAACGAAUGUGACGUAUGUUAGUCAUAGAGGUGAACGUGGCCCACAUAGAGUUUUCCUUUUGUAAGAUUUACGCAUCAUUACAUUAGAUUACACUAUACUACUUCUCCCUCUCUCUCUCUCCCUCUCUUCUCUCUCUCCCACUCUUUCUCCCUCUCUCUUUUCUCUCUCCUCUCUCUCUCUCUCUCUUCUCUCUCUCCCACUCUUUCUCCCUCUCUCUUUUCUCUCUCCUCUCUCUCUCUCCCUCUCUUCUCUCUCUCCCACUCUUUCUCCCUCUCUCUUUUAUCUCUCCUCUCCUCUCUCCCUCUCUUCUCUCCCUCUAUCUCCUCUUCAUAGUCUGUUGUUAUUCACUCUCCUGUUUCCUCCUGCAUUUUCCUCUCUCUCUCUCCCUCCAUGUUGUCAUGUAUUGUCAUUCUGGAUGUUAGUGGCCUCCAGGGACAGGCUGAGUUGGGGAGUCGUUGUAACUAAACAACGUUUUGUUUUCUCCAACGUCCUUUCUGCGUAAUUCCCAGCAGCUGCAGAUCUUUUUUCUUAGAGGGCGGAAUUCAUACGGUUAGGCCUACAUAUGACAGACAGCAUGAAGGGAUAAUGUUAUAUUUUUUUAAAGCACCAUAAAAACUGUAAUAUUUUGUUAAAAUCUAAAGUGUUGAACCCCCUACAUUGCAACCAUCUGCAACCAGUUGUUUCUCUCACCUUCAUUUCUCUCUCUCCUCUCUCCAGGACGACCACGGUUACAUCUCGCGUGAGUUCCACCGCCGCUAUCGCCUCCCCUCCAGCGUGGACCAAUCGGCUAUCUCCUGCACACUGUCCACCGACGGCCUCCUGACCCUGUGUGGCCCAAAGGUCACCGGUGGCGGUGGCGACCUCGGCCGUGGCGACCGCAGCAUCCCCGUCACCCGUGACGACAAGUCUAACGCCGCCCCCUCCUCUUAAGAAGACGGGCGUGUGGCGUGCUGCCGGCCGGGUGGCACCGGGGAUGGGGGGGAGG